AUGGACGUAUCACAACUUUCAAUCACAAGCGAUCCCCAAACUGCUAAAAAAGUCAUCAAUGAUAGAUAUAGAAUUGUCCGAAAGAUAGGGCAGGGGCAAUCGGGGAAAGUAUUGUUAGCGGAAGACUUAAGAAAUAAAGCUCAAUACGUAGCGAUUAAGACAAUUAAUAGAAUCGACAAGACAAGAUUGAUUACAAGAACUUAUUUGAGUCACACUACAAAAAUAAAGAGGGAAAUACAGAUUAUGAAAGAAUGUAAUCACCCAAAUGUUGUGAACCUACAUCAAGUUAUAGAUGAUUUAAAAUUUGAUAAGAUUUUAUUGAUUUUAGAGUAUUGUAAAUUUGGAGAUAUAGAUUGGAGGCGAUAUAACCAUUAUAAUGAGAAAUACAAUAAAAAGAAUGGGUUGACAAUGAACAAGAUACUAAGAGAUGUAAUCAAUGGCCUAGAAUAUUUGCAUGACUUUAAGAGGAUAAUACAUCGAGAUUUGAAGCCUUCUAAUUUGUUGAUAGAUGAACAUAAUACAAUCAAGAUUUCAGAUUUUGGAGUUAGCCUUAUUCUUGAAAAUAAUAUAAAUGACGACAGAGAACUUGGCAAAACAAUGGGAACUCCUGCUUUUUUUGCACCAGAACUAUGCCAGUUCGUCAACAACAGGUACUCUAUGAUAUCAGAUAUGGAUAACAGAGUUAAAAUAGAUUCCAGGAUUGACAUAUGGUCUCUUGGAGUCAUUCUUUACUGUCUAGCAUUUAAUAAUCUUCCGUUUGAUGGCCACAAUGAAUUCGAUCUUUUUAAAAAUAUCGUCAAUGAAAGGCUAAAGUUUCCUGUAAUUAAAAAGGCAUCUAGGACUACUGAAAGUGAUAUUUUAGAGUUAAAAUUCUUGAAAAGCUUAAUAACUGGAUUGUUAGAGAAAAACCCAAGUAAACGCCUAUCAAUCAGAGAGAUCAAGGAGCAUAGGUUUACACUGUUUGAUUUGAAUGAUAAGCAGCGGGAAGAAUUCUUGGGUUUUAAUAAGAUAAUAAUAGCAAAGCAAUGCAAUUACGAUACAUCACUAACAGGCAAAAUCAAGCACUUCUUUACAGGUAAACAGGACCCCAAGACUCCGCGUCCUACAAAAGUGUUGCCUUCUAGAAAAGAGAGCAAACCCGACACUGCAACGCCACAACCUAGUAACUUAUUGGAUUUAGAACAAGUUGAUGACCUCCUAGACUCGUAUUUGGACGAUUCCUCAUCAUUUGGGAGCGAUUAUGGUGAAGAACUUGAAGACAUAGAUACUUCGAGUCUUCUAGCUGAUACUAAGAGUAUGUCAGCGAAAAAUUUAAAACCUUCUCCGUUGAUCCUCGAAACUCGACCACAUGAUAACAUGGCGCUUAGAUCACAGAGCGUAAGCUCUUCCACUCAGAACAGCUCUCAUAAGAAUUCGCCCAGUACUCCAACCAACAGCCAAACAGUUACGAUUGGAGCUGGUACUCCGACAUCUAUCAAAUCGUUUUUCAGUCCAUCGAAGAGAUUUUUUGCAAAAAACAAGCAACGUGAUAAGAAUGCAGAAAAGCAGCAUACGAUUGGAUCACUAUAUUCGACAGAAGGUGCCUCCACUGAUUUUAUAGAACCCCCACCUAUAUUUGGAAGUGGUACGCCAUUACUGUCGCCGAAUAGUCAGAUCACUCACACAAGCUCACGCAAAAACUCGCUUUCGUCGUCUUCAAAUGCUUUAACAAGAAUUGCCAGCUCAAGUUCGUCUCUUAACCUUCAUGCAUAUCUUACGGAUGAUAAUGUUUCGCUCGUGUCCAAAAACAAAUCAAAGCUUGAUCAGUCUAGAGAAGAAAGAAGACUGCUGUAUCCGGAAAGCGAUGAACCCACAGAUGAAGAGAAUGCCAACGAUACUCUAGUGCAGGACGAAGAAACCGUUAGCAAUUUCAGAGCCAUGCACGAUUAUUUAGAUGAGCUACGGUAA